AUGUCUCAACACCAAAAUUUCGAUACAACAUACACGAAGAUAUACGUGGGAGGUUUGCCUUGGAAAACAAGAAAGGAAGGCUUGAUAAGCUUCUUCGAACCUUUUCGAGAAACAGACCAAUCUCAAGGUUAUGGCUUUGUCACAUUUAAAGAUGCUGAAUCUGCAAAGAGGGCUUGCAAGGAUCUGAAUCCGAAAAUUGACGGACGAGUAGCCAAUUGCAACCUUGCUUCUGUUGGUGCUAAGGUCAAACAAAACCAAUCCAAGACAAACCCGAUCCCUUUACGUCAUGAUGGCCUUUGUUUCAGUGCCCCAAGUUAUCGCCAAAACCUGCAGCAACCUUCAAAUUUUCAUCAACCACCAGUAACUGCGUACGCUGGACCUCCUCAUUGGAACCAAGUUUAUCCGCAACAUCCUCAACAGUGGUGUUACAACCAUCCAAAGUUUUACAAUUAUCCUCAGCAGUAUCCGCAAUAUAAUCCCCAAUACGAUCCGAUGAUGUCAUAUUACCAACCUUACCCUAUGGUUAACACGAACCAAUGUUACUUUGGGACGCAGCAAUCUACAAACGCUGUUUACCAAGAAUCGAGCAGCUCAUCGGCUACGCCAAAGCAGACGGAGUUGACUUCCACACCAGGGUCUUCGUCAACUGAAACGAUAUAUAAUAAUAAUACUAGUGAUUCAGGUUCCAGUGGAAACUGUUGGAUAAGCUUGAAGAAGCAAGCUUAG